AAAAGCGAUCAUAAUAAAAAAAAUGGCGGCGGUGUUACAAGGACAGACAUGGUGUCUACUGAGGGCGCUAACACGAACAAGUUGUGCUUCUCUACGGUGUAAAUCUACCAUCAGCAAAAAGCUGUGGGAGGAGAGAGAGAAGGACACAACCUGGGCGGAGCCAUUACUUGAAUGGCCAAAGGAGCAACUUGAAAUAAGGAAACAGGAGCCAUCCCCAUUACACAUGGUAGUUAGGAUCCAUAAUCUUAAGGGCAGACCGAAAAAAGAAAAAGAGAUGGCCAAGAUUCUUGGAAUUGGGGAAGGUACAAAGAGGCUGCAAAAGGUCCUGCUGAAGAACAUCCCUACCAUCAAUGAGCAGCUGAGAAUUGUACAGCAUCUAGUGAAGAUUGUUCCUGUCACAUUCCCCUAUGGUCUUCCAGAGAGUGAAGAAGACUGGGAAUACUGUUACUUACGAGACAAUGGCGAGUUUGUUGUGCGUCGGAAGAUACCAAAUAUGGAAGAGAGUCUUCCAGAGGAUGUAGAAACCACAGCAGACAAAGAGCCCUCAAUUUGGGAAAUGGACAUUGAAACAGUUAAAAAACAAAAUCAAAAGAAAUUAUUAAACUAUGAUGUUAAUUCAGAAUUUUUCAAACCUCAGUAUGUAUAUAAAAACAAUACUGACGGUAAAGAACAUCGAUAUUUCGGAGAUAAGAGAUUCAAUGGGAAGGGAAGAACAUGGUACUGAACUUUGGAUGUUGGGUUUUUGCUUAUAGAAGUUUUGUAAAUUAAAUUGUAAUAUUGUAAUCA